UUGUCGAUAGUUGCACGUCAAGUUUAUUUUAUUUUCCAAUUAGAUUUCAGUCAGGUUAGGUUUUUGAAUAAUUCCAAUCCGAUUAUGGCACAAACGGAAGUUUCAAGCGAGAAAAAAGCAGAAAGUAAAUCGUCUGAAAAAAAGGAGAAGCCCCUAACAAAGGUGAUAGUGAGGCGUUUGCCCCCGUCGAUAGAUUUGGAAACGUUUCUAAAUCAAAUAUCGCCAGCACCGGAUUAUAACUACAUUUAUUUGGCGAAAGGCGACAGCAGUUUAGGAGAGAACUGCUUUGCCAGGGUGUACAUAAAUUUUAUUUGUCCUGAAGACGUGUACAACUUCAAAGAAAGGUUUGAUAACUAUGUGUUUUUGGAUAGUAAGGGACAUGAAUAUCCUGCAGUUGUUGAGUUUGCUUCUUUCCAAAAGAUACCCAAAAAAAGGGGUAAAGUCAGAAUGGAUCCUAAAUGUGGGACCAUUGAAUCUGAUCCUUUGUAUUCAGAGUUUGUGAAAUUGAUCAAUAAACCAAUGGAACAAGAUGAAAAACCUGAAUAUUCACUACAAUUAACAACUGAAAACAAAAAUGACACAACCACCCCAUUACUUGAUUAUAUUAACAACAAAAGGGCGGAAAGACAGAAGUAUAGGGAAGGAAGACGCGAAGAAAGAAAAAGAAAGGAGUUGGAGAGGAGGAAGGGAAGAGAGGAUGAAAGAAAAAGAAUUAAUGAAGAAAAAUCUCCACAUAAAACAGUUGUAAUAAAACCACAGGGAAAAGCAUCACCAAAGGAAGAUAAAACUACUGAAGAUGAGGUUGAAAGAGAUACAGAAAAAGAAAGUCCAGAUGAGAAGCCUUCAAAAGUGUAUGAAAGAUCUUUGUUUUAUAAGAAUAAGGAAAAGAAAUUUGAUAAGUAUGAGGAAAGAAGAAAAGAAAAGCCAAAAUACAAAGAUUUUUCGGAAAAACGUGAUUUUAAAAGAGGUGAAGAUAGGGAAUAUAGAAGCAAAUAUGAUUAUGACAAGAAGGAAAAGUAUGAGUACAAAAAGGAAAGGUAUGAUGGAUAUAGAAAGGAAAAGUAUGAGGAGCCAUCUAGGGAAGAAACCAAGUCAACCAAAAAGGUGAAAAAAUAUAGUGAAAAACGCGAAGAAAGAAAGAUGGAAGCUCAGAAGGCUGAGCAAAGAAAAUUAGAACAAGCUGAGAAAAAUAAAGAAAGUCCUCCAGAAGAUAAGUCAGCACAAAACAAAACUCCAGAAAAGAAAGAAAAUGUUGAAAACAAAAAUUCUAGUGAAGCAUCAGAGACGCCAAAAAAAAUGUCGGAAAAAACCGAGAGAGAGAGGAAAGAGGAACUUAAGGAACAGAAGAGAAUAAGAAAUAAGGACAGACCAGCCCUAACCAUUUACAGACCUGGAAUGUUGUCAAAGAGAAAACAAGUUGAAGGGGACAAUGAAAAUAAAUGAGAUUUAUUUGGUUAGAUUGUAUUUGUGAAAGAAUUUAGUUAUGUAUGUAUCAAAUGGGAUUUUAAGAAUUUGUUAUUGAAUUUAUUAAUUUAUAAUAUUGAUUGUCUUGUUAUUUACAAGUUGCAUGCAGUAUCAAACUGACUGUUUGGAGAUGAUGGUUUGGAAAAAUAAAGAUAUCUGGUGAUUUUCA